UAUUUUUAAUGUGGGCAGCUGAUCUGACAUACAGUGGGACUAGGCUAGCUGUGUGCUCUAGAACACUCCCUACUGAUUCCGGCAGGAACUUGUCAUCAAUUUUAUUUUGUUUCUUUUGUGUUAGUACAUUUACUAUGCCAAGAGACAAAUUUUGUGGUCCAUUCAGCUGAAACCACCGUACACAUAAACUCGAAGGAUAUGGGAGUUUUCCUAAUGUUUGACACACGCCGGAGAUAUAUGCCAAGCCCUCACUAUAAAGAUAAUCAACAGUGGAACGACCUCAAUCUGUCUUAUGCUCUUAAGACUAGCAACGACUCAAUGACUAAACUAUACUUUGAUCUAAACUAUACUGACAUCUUACCACUUCUAAUUCUAUUCAGAAGUCUAUCUCACAUUUCAUUAGGUCUUCUUUACAGAACUGUAGAAUUAUUAGAAGAUAUCAGGUUGUCUGAAACUUUUCUUCGAUUUCGCAAAAAGCUGCUCUUAGAAUGUCAAUUAGUUUUGAGCUUAAUCAACUCAAUGAGAAAAUGCCACCUUUCGGAUGCACUACUAGUAUUUCACUUGAUGACCAAUUGUCCCAAACAGUCAACAAGACUAUCUUGGGCUGUGAUGGACUGAAAGAAAAAUCAAAUACUAGUGAAGCCCAGGUGUUGCUUGAUAGUGAGAAGACCCAAGAGCAAGAAAAUGAAGUGGAGUUCAACCCAGAUUCAUUUUAUAGCUGGCUUCGUCCACCCUUUGAUGACAUGGCCAUUGGUAAGAAGUCUAAAGACAGUAGUACAAAAAGCAUUAGCUCCAGUAGCAGUUCCUCAUUGCCUGUGCCUACACCUCCGGAUGGUGGAUGGGGCUGGCUUGUCGUGUUGGGUGCUUUCUCUGUCAGUUUCAUAUGUGAUGGCUUAUCUUACUGCUUUGGCGUUCUUUAUGCAGAGUUGCUUGAUCAGUUCAAGGAGACAAAAAGCAAAACCUCUUUGGUUGGAAGCAUAUUCUUUGGUGUUGCAAUGAUUCUAGGCCCCUUUUCUAGUGCUCUUACUACACGAUUCGGUAGCCGAACUAUGACUAUAACUGGUGGAUGCCUGGCCUGUUUUGGACUGGUCUUGAGCCACUUUGCUACAUCCAUUGAGAUGCUUUGUUUUACUUUCAGUGUGAUUGUUGGUACAGGCUUUUCAUUCUGCUAUAUCUCUAGUGUUGUCAUAGUUUCAUUUUACUUUGAAAAGAGAAGGUCUUUAGCUACUGGUUUGGCAGUUUGUGGUACUGGUGUUGGUACAGUUACAUUCGCCCCUUUGAUGAACUAUCUAAUUACUGAAUAUGGCAUGAGAGGUCUUUUUCUAAUUAUGGCUGGUAUCAGUUUAAACCUUGUUGUUUGUGGCAUGCUCUUCAGACCUUUGAAGUUCACUGAAAGUGAGAGGUGGGAAAUGUUGUUAGAAGAGUUUAACAAGAUCCCUUACAGUCGUGAGGAUAUAGAGUUGGGUAGAAGUAGAUAUCCCAGUGAGUCGAGUGAUCAAGACACAGAUGAAAAUUUAGAAGAUGAUAUUGAGGCUAGAACACUUUCUGUCCUAAGUUUACCAACUUUUGUUCAAGCCAAUGUACUUGAUAUUCCCUCAGAUAUUCUUAUGGAGGCUUUAAAAACAAGUAAAAAUCCACAUCUUACAUUACAGAGGUACAUGAAAAAUGCCAUGCUUGAAAUUAAUCAUGCAAAUGAACAAAGAGCAUUGCAGGAACAAGAGGAUGGUGUUGAUGGACACAGUUUCAAUGUAAAUGAAGCAGAAUUACAGCAUGAAAUAUUAAGCAAUCUGCCACCUUCAUCUUUUAUAGAUAAUGCUAUACUAAAGCUGGCUAACUCAUCUAGCAUCACUAAUAUGGUUGGUAAAAUUGAGGAUGUCAAUGGAAACUCUAGCCACCCAGAAGACAAGCUUGCCAAAGUUAGCCAUGCCAAAACACAUGCACAUUUGGCAUCUAAUGAUGUAGAUUCAAAAGGAAAAGAAACUGCUAAACUGUUACCCAAAGAUCCAAGCAAAACUAAAGAAUCAGCUGGUAUGAAGAGUGAACAGGUGAAUUCUACUCACAAGUCAGACUCCAAAGGCAAAGUGCAGACAAUUGUACAAGUUAAGAAUGAAGUGAAAGGAAAAGAUAUUUUGUGUAAAGCUCUGGAUAGCAAAAAGUCAGUCGACAUCCAACACACAAUGCACCAUAGAAGAGAAUAUUCAGGUAUGAGUGCCAUGUUGACAGACAAAGGAUGUGCUAAAGAAGCUGUGUCUGUUGUCAAGAGAUUAGGUGGUGUUCACAUGGGGAGGCACAAUGCUCUAGGCAUUCAUUUACCACUGUACAGGACAGACAUAUUUUACAGACGUAUGCUUAAAAAUAACACCUUGCACAAAAACACUUUGGCGACCAGUUGCCCUGAGUUAUCUGAAACUAUUGUUGUUGAGACUAAGAGAAAUUUUGUAUAUGAAAUGUUGAUCAAUUUUACAGAAGAAACUGUUGAUAUUUUGAAGAGCAUGGUAGAAUUCAGGUUAUUCUGCAAUCCUUUUUUCAUAGUUUUUGUCUUGUCUAACUUCACAUACUACUUUUGGAGUGAUGUCCCCUAUAUGUAUGCUUCUGACCAUGCCCAAAAUAAUGGAGUCCCUACCCAGCAAGCUUCUUUUCUUCUCUCCAUUAUUGGUAUUUUUAAUACACUUGGCCAAGUUGUUUUCGGCAUAGUGGGAGACCUAAACAUCAACUUGCUCAAUGUCUACGCCAUAGUCUCAACAUUAGCUGGUGUCUUUGUUGCCAUGAUUCCUUUUAUGACCACCUAUGUCAACAUGUGUAUUGGAUAUAGUUUGUUUGGAUUUUGCAUCAGUGUCAGUUUUCCUUUAACAACAGUCCUUCUCAUCAGGUUCCUGGGAGUCAACAAGCUGACCAAUGCUUAUGGACUGUUAAUGUUGAUGCAAGGAAUAGCCAAUUUUAUGGGACCUCCAUUUGCAGGAAUGGUCUCUGACAAGUCAGGCAACUACAAUUCAACUUUUUACUUGAGUGGUUUUUUCUAUGCUUUGUCCGGAAUAAUGUUGUUUCUGACCUAUAUACCCAAAUGUCGCACAAUCCCUAGGUCAAGGAGGAGUUCAUUAGACCUUACCAUGGAAGUAGAGGCACCUUAAGCAGUGUUGGUUUGGAGGUAUUAUCAAACGAGUCUGAAGUGAAACAAAGAGAAGAAUUGUGAGUGUAGACAAAAAAGAACAUCAGAAAAAUACAUUGCAGAAAAAGAAAUUUGGAAAAUACUUUCUUGGGGCCAAGAGCUAAGCUAGGCACAUUUUCUUUUAUGCUGAUAUCAAAGAUGAUUUACACUUUUUUUUUUUGGAAAUCAAAUGGUGUGUAUUUUCAACCCUACAUUUAUAUAUAUCCAGAGAUCUGUAAAUAUAUAAUGCCAAUUCAAUCAAAUGAUGAUUGUUAAUAGUAUGCACUUUUUUUUUUUAUAUGUUCCAUUUUUAUUUUUAAAUCAAGAGUGCUUAACUUAUUUAAAAAUAAAUUGAUCUGUUGUUUGUUUUUUAACUUUGUAUUUUUAUUUUAUUUAGGCCAAGUAGCCAUUAUUGUCAUUUUGCCCUUUUCCCUUUCAUUUGAUACUUUGGCAAUCAUUUUAACUAUUAAAUAUAACUGUAAUUAAUAUUACAAGCUAAGUCUGGGCUAUGUUUUACUUUUAUUACGUUAAUAUUGCUAAUUAUGGUUUAUAAAACAAUGAUAUGCAAAGACAGUUAAUAUUGUUGAAGUUGAAGUUUUACUGUCACAACAUAUGAAUAAUAGUUUGCUUUUUUUUUUUUUUUUAUUCAUUCAUGAUUUUAAAUGGAUAGAUAUUUGCUUCAAAAUUUGUCUUUAAUGAUUGAAUCUUUCAAAUAACAUCCUCCCCUCUGGAAUCAUAGUUCACUAUUAGACAUCAUUUAUUUAUUAAAAUUGAAAGAAUCUCAUCAAUUUUGAGUUGUUCCAGGUUCGGUAUUGUUAGCCAAAAAUUUUGAAUAAAACAUUUGGUCUAAUAAAUAUAAUACUGAUCUUUAUUAUCUGUGGAAAAUGUUUUACAAUUGUGCAUUUCAAAUAAUUAAAGUUAUUGUACUUUCAUUUAGUCAAACUUCCAUAUUAGGAGUCAUAAAGGAGUUUUUUUUUUUUUUUUUUUUUUUUUCAUUCAAAAACAAUACUAAGAGUUUGCGUAAAUAAAUGUUGCUUGACAUGCUACACAAGUAAAUGUUUGUUGGAUCUGUUAUCAGCCUGGAUCAACAACCUUCUAUAGUGAUAGUUGUCAACCAAAUAUUUGUUUACACUAGUUUUUUUGUAAAUAUUUGUAUAUAUUUUAUAUACACAUACUUUUUAAUUGUCAUUGGACUGUCAAUAUUGAGCUGGGGAGUAGCAUCUUGUGCAUUAUCUAUUGGUCUUUCCUGAAGGAACAUUUGAAAUUAUUUGCCUGCCAUGUUUCUUAACAUUAGUUUAUUUACUGACUUUCCCAUAUAGCAGAGAUAAAUUAUUCUCUUUCUUUAUAGUUGACUUUGAUGUUAAAACACUGCACAUCAAAGUUGACCAGUUUUAAAAUUGAGAUCCUUUUAUAUUAGCUUUUACUAUUUGUCACAAUUUUUAUUCCAAAUUUUCUAAUCUCUUCAACUUGUACAAUGUUUAAAUAAAUGAGUUCAUUACAUAAGAACCCAUACUACAUAUGCUGUUUAUUUUAUGAGGUAAUGAUGGUAUUAUAUUAGAUAAAGAACAAAAAAGUUCUUAACUUUCAGCCCCAGAUUUUGCCAACUGAUAAAGAAAUUAACCGUAGAAAUAAAUCCAUGCUUUUCCCGACAUAUCAUUGUGACAUUCCUGUGUAAUUUUCUUUUUUCUUUCCUUGAUUUUAAAAUUAUUUUUUUUUAGUGCUUUUAGGGUAAAGCAUUAAAUCUCUCAAUGUGGGUAUGUGUUAUUAUUUAAUGAUAAUUUUUUAUUUUGUUUUGUGUUGUUAAUUUGCUAGUCUUAAUUAAAGUAAUGACUAAUUUGACUUGGAAUAUACUUUAAGGUAUCUUUAACUACAUUUUUAUUUUGUUCUGUUAUUGUAAAUUAGUUGUAUUGGUUUGUCAUUAAUUUCAUGUUAAUGGUAAUGUCUCAUGAAAUGCUCCAAAUAUAUAUAGAUCCAGUAAUGAUAGCAUUUGUUGUACCAGUCAUUACUGCGUGUAGACUCUAGAUCUAUGCAUGCAUUGCAAAUCAGAACAAAUUACAGCAAUAUACCCUUCCCUCAUGUACCCAUGCAUUUUUUUGUGUUAUAAUUAUUUAAAUUCACUUUGAAAAUGGUUUACCCUCAACUGGUACCAUAACUGACUGUAUUUAUAGAAUGGAGGUGAAUACAAUGUGAUAUUAUACACUAUCUAUACAGAUAUAUACUGAACUGAUGUAAACUGUGUGAGCUGAUAUAAAAAAACAAAGGAUGAUUGGCUGAAUAUUUUUGUAGUCAGCUUUACUAUGGUGAGACUUGAGGCAGGGUUGGCCUUUAUUUGGAUGAUGUGUGUCAAGACAUUCCUGUUUGCCCUGUGUGUCCCUGUGACUGCUGUUCUAUAUGUGGUGAGCAAAUGGGGAAACAAAGACUGCUAUAGAACAUACAUGCUAUUGUUUUUCAGUCAUUAUUUCAAAGUUAUUUUCAUGUAUAUGUCUUGUGAGGGUGACUUCACAGAUAAUAGAUGUUUGUAUGGUACCAGUACUUCACAUUUAAAAAAAACAAAUAUCAUUUUAAUGAAUACAAAUGUCAUUUGUUCAGACUUUAUUUGGAUGAUUGUAAAAGUUGUGCAUGGUUACAUAUUGGUUCCUCUUCACUUUUUGGUAGCUCUGACACUAAGAGGAACCAACAAGCUGAAUGUUGCUGAACUGAUUGGAAUGGACCACUUGUAUCUAAUAUGUGACAAUAGACAUUAACAUUUUUUUUUUAUGCAAUGAACUUUUAUUGUCUUCAUAAAACAGAAUUUCUCCCCACUUCAUGAUAGCAUUACUGUUGGUUUGGAUCUAUUGAAUUGUCCCUAUCAGUACCUACUAAUAAUGGCAUAUUAAAGCAAAUAGCAUUGUUGUUUAUUGUUGACCGUUUUCUAUUUUUGACUCAAUAAUGUCUGUUUCUUUUUUUCUCUCACCUUGUUGGUUAACUAUUCUUUCAUUGUUCAUCUCUUAGACUUGAACUAUUUUUAUAAGACAUUGUUUCACUUGCACUUUAGAUUCCAUUUCUAGAUAAUAAAACAUAUAACUAUCUUAAA